UGAAGACAGUUUCUGCGAAGAAGGGAGGCAGUGAUGGCGUCCCUCACUUUCUUGCUUCUGCUGCAAGGGGUACUGUUAGCGACCGCCCAAAUUCUGAAGCCUUGCGAUGUUGCCGAAACCAUGAUGAAUUUAGGAGAGAAAAGAACCAAAGCUUCCCACUGGGUUUGUUUGGCUAAAUUUGUCAGCGGUUUCAACACCCAGGCCCUUGGUGGUCCUUAUCCAGACGGAAGUUACGACUUCGGGGUCUUCCAGAUCAACGACCGGUAUUGCAAAUUGGGAUCCAAGGAAAGUUGCGGAGUUCCAUGUACAGAUUUGGUGAAGGACAACUUGCUUCCAAGUGCGAAGUGUGCUCUUAAAAUCUACCAGAAAGUCGGUUUCCAAGCUUGGCCUAAAUGGAAGGAUAACUGCCAGAAUCAAGACACUUUAAGGUUUAUUUCGAAGUGCUCUCUGAAGUCUUCAUUCAGAAAAAUGCUUUCUCCAUUUGAAGAUGAUGACGACUCAUAGAACAUCUUCGAACUGUACUCGGCCCUUCCGUUGUCAGUUCCUUUUGCUGAAGCAAAAGAAAUUUGAUCGAACGCAAUGUACAUUAUAGAGGCAUUUCUUUUUCAACUUUACUUAAAUGCUUGUUUUAGAAACAAAACAAAUAUUUAAAUAAAAUAAUUUUUAAAAAAU